CGCUAACUAAUAAUCGUUAAACUAUUUAACGAUAUCGCUAGGAAAUGUAGCGAUAUCGCUAAAUUUUAAGCGACAAAUGUAUAAUGGGGUUGACCCAUAAUGCAUUUGCUUUUUCCCACAAUGCAUUUAAAUGCAUCAAGUAUUACCCACAAUGCAUUGAAAAAAAACAUAAUGGCUGCCCAAGCAGACAACACUUUGUCAUUGUCAGAAAAAAAUAAGAAAAGAGGUUGCAACUUUAGUGCAUAUGAGAGGGAAAUUCUCAUAACUGAAUAUGAAAAAGUAAAGGACAAAUUAAAUAACGCAAAGAUAUCACAAGAUGCGAAACAAAAGAUGUGGGAUUGUAUUGGAAGUGCUGUUUCACUUGCUGGAGUUGGGAUAAGAACAGGAAAAGAUGUGAGAAACAAAUUUCACAACUUGAACCGGGUUGCAAAGUCAACAGAAAUGCAACAAAGAAAGCAUUUGAAGGGAACAGGGGGUGGACCACCAUCUGAAAAACCGCCCGAGGAGGUGCUCCGCCUUAUUAACAUCAAUAAGGCAGACCCAGGCUUCAGUGGGAUUCCUGGUGGGCUAGAAACCACAAUUGCAGCAGAGAAGGAAUUAAAGGUCGAUGAGCUGCCAAAUGGUGAUGUGGUUAUUCAAGUCAUACCAGAAUCAGAUUCAGAAGCAGAGAGACGUGCAGUGUUCGAUUUGGACGUAAGAAGUUAA